AGGACUGCAGCAUUAAUGAAAAGUCGUCCUUGUUUCCCUUCUCUUCCUCACUAUGGUUCCUCUUUUUUUCUCCACAGCUCACCCUUACAAAGAGGGAACAGCAGGCCCAUACGCUUUGAGCCGCCAAUGCUGGACUUCCAUGAACAGCCUGUUGGAAUGCCAAAAAUGGAGAAAGUUUAUUUGCACAAUCCUAGUGCAGAGGAAAUAAGCUUGAUAUCUAUAUCAGCAACAACUGCACAUUUUCAUGCAUCAUUCUUUCAAAACAGGGUGAUAAAAGCGAAAGAGAAAAGCUACUCCAAACUUGAAAUCCCAUACCUAGCUGAAGUUCUAGAUGGGUAUUUGGGGUUUGACCAUACGGUCACAUUUCACAUCAGAGACAGUGUGUUAGAGCCAGUGGUCAAGCCCAUCCACCUCACCAACACCUUCCACUUUGCCAUCCGCAUCCAUGACGUGUCCCUUCCAGAUGAAGCCAAGACCAUGUUCUUAGUGCAGAACUUCAGUGAGCCGGUGUUGAUCCCCCCUCAGGAGUCUCGCUACAUCUUCUCCCUCCACUUCCAGCCCGUCCGGCCCUCCAAUCACAUCGACAGCAACAUCCUGCUGGUCACCAACGCCUCCAAGUUCCACCUCCCCGUCCGCGCCUACACUGGAUUCCUGGAGCCCUUUGUCCUGCCGCCCAGUCUGCAAGAGAACUUCCUGGACUUUGGUGUUCUCAGCGCUACAGAACACAGCAGCAUCCUGUUUGUGGUUGUCAACAGCAACCCCAUCGAGGUGGCCGUGGCUGCUGAAGGAGAGAGUCUGAGUGUGGAGCUGUUGAAGAUAGAGAGAGGCAACAGAACCACGGUGCUGUCCAAACCAGAGAGCUGACUGAUGGCUCUGUUGUUCCACCUGCAGGUGAUCCUAGCCUGCGGCUACUACGCUGCCUUCCGGGUCACCCUGGUGGCUAAAGACCUGGAGGGGGCCUACGACGGAGCUAUCCACAUCACAACAGACUACCAGAUAUUAACGAUACCAGUGAAAGCAGUCGUUGCAGUGGGCACGUUGACCAGCUAUCCCAAACAUAUUGUCCUCCCGCCAUCUUUUCCGGGUAAAGUAGUGCAGCAGAGUCUAAGCAUGGUGAGCUCGUUCUCUCAGAAGGUGACCCUGCAGCAGAUCCACUCUCUGACUGAGGACUCACGUUUCUACUACAGGAGACUGAAGAACAACCGGGACGAGCUGGAACCCAAACGCAAGUCGAAGGUCGCCAAGAUUUAUUUUGACGCCAGCUUGCAGUGUGGCGACCACUGUUAUGUGGGAGUACCGUUUGUUCUGAAAUCUGAGAGCAGACCGCCUGGGCUGUCAAUGCAGGAGGAUAUGUGGGAUGUGGAUGUAGAUUUGUAUCAAAUGCUCCGUCGGCGAUGGAAAGCGCUGAAGGAGAGUUCAGGACACAUGGCGGAGGCGGUGUUUGAGGCCAACGCUGACCUCCAGAAGAACAUUGAGACCAGAGUGUCAGCUCAGCUGAAGUGGCCUUCUAUCAUGAACUCUUCCCAGCAGGUCCUGUUCCCUCUCACCAGCCUCACCAGCUCAUCGGAGAUAGAGGUUGUCUUGGAGAACCCAGCUGACGUUCCUGUCUAUGUCCAAGUCCUGCCGUUAGCCCUCUAUCCCAACCUCCGGCCGUCACCCACAAACUGGCACACAAUGUUUUCCCUGGAGCGGCUCCCACACUUCAACCCCGACACAAUGGAGUUCCAGGUACACAGAAACCACGUGAGUUUACUUUGCUCUCGCAGGCUUUGCCGAGGCUCGACGACACAACCCUACGUUUACAACCUAAUGCUGCAGCCAGAGGAAGUGAGGUCGCUACGUGUGAAAUUCUCCCCCGUCAGCAACCACACUGUUUCCUCUCUGCUUAUGCUCAGGAACAACCUAACGGUGAUGGAGUUCCUGGUGGUGCAGGGUCAGGGCAGCUAUGAAAGGCUGAAGGUAGGGGGCAAGGCCCCGGGACCAGGGGGGUUCCUCAGGUUCAAGAUGACUGAGUCUCUACUGAAGGACUGCACAGACAAAAUGAAGUCGAAGGAGCCGAACGUCACUCUGAGAAAAUCCUUUAAGUUAGAGAACACUGGACAGCUGGAAAUUAACAUUCAAUCCACUGAAAUAAACGGACGUCUCUGUGAGGGAUUCGGCUUUAAAGUCCUUAAUUGCCAAGAGUUUUCACUAAAACCCAAUGCUUCGAAAGAAAUUGUCAUAUUGUUCACGCCGGACUUCACAGCCUCCAGGGUGAUCCGGGAGUUAAAGUUCAUCACCACCGGAGGCUCUUACUUUGUGUUCUCCCUCAACGCCUCUCUGCCCUACCACAUGCUGGCCGCCUGUGCUGCUGUCCUCCCCAGACCCAACUGGGAGCUGGAGCUCUAUGUCAUCAUCUCUGUCAUCAUGAGCAGCCUACUGGAGGCCCUGGGGAUCUGGGAGCCAUUCAAGAGACGCAUGUGUUUCGAACAUCCAGCACCUCUGGAGACAGGGAGGCCCUUUGACCUCAGGGAAAUAGUACGACUUCAAAGCGAUGCACAGCCAGCCGCAAGGCCCGGAGCGCCCAAGCAGCCACAGCCAGCUCCAGAGAACCAGCAGCACCCCUCACAGGCUGGUCCUUCAGCCCCAGGAAGAAAUCCCCUAGAUGGGCCACGCCGGCACAGCUCGGAGGACUCGGACUAUGUGAGCCUGGUGGAGACCAUGGAUAAAGACCUGGACAGACCAGAGUCUGCUGAGGAGGGGGGAAUCAGGAUGCAGUUCAUGGCAAAGAAGAAGGAAGAGAGGGAGAAGAGGAACAAGGGAAGAGCUCAGGGAGGAGAGGAACUGAGGGAGGACAACGAUGACAGCUCCUCCACCACCACAGAGAACUCCAACCCAGACAUAAUGGAGGACAACAAAGGGAAGAAGAAAUAUGAUACACCUGAAGCUCACUCAAAGUCCAAGAACAAGAAGCCAGCAGCCAUUACAAAGGAGAAGAGCCAAAUGGAUGCAAAGUCUAGCUCACUGGAGCUUCCAUACGUUACCCCACUGGAAAACAAGCGCAAGAGCUUCAAUUCCAAGAACGUGGUGGUGCAGCAGGCCCUGGCCAGCAGCUCAACAACAACUACCAUAACAAGACCCAUACCUCCUAAACCAAGAGUGCCUCGUGUGAAGCUGGAAGACUUCCGCCCCUCUCUCCUGGCUAAGUUCCUGUUCAACGAACCGGUGGUGCAGGAGCUUGGGAACAGCAGCGGCUCAGAGGGGGAGAAGGACAUCUCUCCUCCCCCGGAGUGGGACUGUGUACCMCUCCACAUAGCACACAAUGCUGUGGACAGUCUCCAGCAGAUCUCCCUGCAGACCAUGAACGCUGAUCCCUUCCUGAAGAGACCCAUUGAAACCCCUCCCUCAUCUGAUCCCUUCCUGAAGAGACCCAUUGAAACCCCUCCCUCAUCUGAUCCCCUCCCUGAAGAGACCCAUCGGAACCCCUCCCCCUCCCUCAUCCGAGGUGGGUCUGAUGUCACUGCAUCAGGCAUAAAGAACAAGCUGACCAAGUCGGUCUCCGUACCUGGUCAGAACGGGAACCCCACCUUCGCUGCUGUGGCGGCUGGAUUCGACAAAAGCCCAGGGUGCAGUGCAGCAAAGGCGGCUGUGGGGAGCAGAGACAGAGAUGUCCUCCAACACCUCUCCUCUGUAGAGAGUGAUGGAUCAGACAGCUCGGGGUUGUGGAGCCCUGUAGGGAACGGCAGGAGACCCAGCCUCAACUCUGUCAACUCCUUCUCAGCCUUCGGACCCAGRAACACCUUCAACCUGUCUGGAGUGUUCAGUGGGAUGACCUCGGGGAGGAGUGCUAUGGAGCCCCAGCAGAGUUGGCCUGAGUUAGACAUACCACCCCGUCCGUCUGGCCAAACGAGUCCCUGCAGCCUCUACAGCCCUGGCCCAUCCAGCCCAGCUCCAGCUCCCCUGCUACCCCCACCACGCUGUUUGAAAAGAAGGCCUGAAAUUUCAGCCUGUUUUGGUAGGAGGGAGUUUUUGCCUUCCAUGUCCAUCCUGGGCAGCAGUAGCAUGUGGGGCUCCAGCCCUCCAUUCAGCCCCUCCAUCUGGUCCACCAGCCCCCCCUCUGACUCCCCCCUACACUCCUUCUCUGCUUCCUCUGCCUCCCCCCUGACCGAUCUGAUGGGUAGCACUGACAGUGGAACCCAGCUCCCGGCCCCAACAAAGCCCUCCCCCACGCAGCUGAGCCCCUCCUACAACCCCUGGAGCAUGUGGAGGCCCACCUUCAGUAGACGAAGCUCGGAGCCCUGGCCCAACCAAUCGGACAGCAGCACCGGCUGAAGGGGAUGUCACCGCGGUCUCCUCCCACUGAUAGACUGAGAAGAAGAAGAAUGCAUUUUCCCCUGUUUUGAAUUUCACCAAAUUCAUAUUAUAAUGUACACAUUGGAUUUCUAAGCAAAUUAUGUCCUCAGAAUGUGUCUGUUUCUAUGACGACUUGGCAAACUUAUCAACAAAACAAUAUUAGUAGAAGAUUCAUCAAAGAAGAAUCCUUAUCAGACUGACAUAAUAUGGUUAAAUGCGGCUGCUUUUUUCAAUACAUCCUCGGUAAUGUUUUUGAUAGCAGUGACGGAACCUAAUGCAAUCAGGAAAAACCUGAGAAAUAAUAUUCUGUUCAUUAUUUAGUACUGCUGUUUUGGCAUUACAGUAGAGUUACUUAUUGGAAUCAAGCACAGUGUUUAAGCCUUAUCAUCGCUCCAUUAGAGAUUAUUAUUAUUUAGGGUUACAAUCAGUUAAGACUGGCAGUAAAGGGAUUUUUUUGGUGAAAAUGGUCAUUUUCAUGACUGCUGUGUCAAGUCAAUGCCAGUGGCAUCAGAAGACCACGACUUUACGUUUCUAUGCCAUUGCAACACAUUUUAUUUGUCAAACAACUCACAACAUUCAUGGCCAAUAUUGGCGAGAGAUGCUUUUUAAGUUAUUUUAAUGACCACGCUAAGUUUUAAAGUCUGUUAAAAGAGAGGGUUUUCAUUUCCUUUUUUAACAGUUUGAAAAAUGUUGGUGGAUACAAAGCUUCCCCUCUUUCUGACAUGUUGGAAAUGUGGGACAUUUGUCACAGCUUCCAUAUAAAACAUAUGAGACAGUUA